AUUAACCCCAUCGCUCACCUCUUCAUUUCCCUUACAAUCCUAAUAGGGACAAUAAUUGCAAUAUUUAGCUCCCACUGAUUCCUAAUUUGAAUAGGCCUAGAACUAAAUAUACUAGCUAUCGUACCAACACUAGCCAAAAGUACAAAUCCCCGAUCCACAGAAGCAUCCACCAAAUACUUUCUAGUACAAGCAACCGCAUCCAUAAUCUUCUUAAUAACUACCCUCCUCAACUAUCUCUCCUCAGGACAAUGAACAAUCAACCCCUUCCUCCAUCAAACCCUAUCCACAACAAUAUUAAUUGCCCUGAUAAUAAAACUAGGGAUAGCUCCCCUCCACUUUUGACUUCCAGAAGUAACUCAAGGCAUUCCCCUAGCUCCCACCAUACUAAUCCUCACAUGACAGAAACUAGCCCCCAUGUCAAUUAUUACUCAAAUCUAUCCUUCAAUAAACCUAAACAUCCUACUAACAAUCUCAAUUCUAUCAAUUAUAGUUGGCAGCUGAGGAGGACUCAACCAAACACAACUGCGCAAAAUCCUGGCCUACUCAUCAAUCACUCAUAUAGGAUGAAUAAUAGCAGUAUUAUUCCACGACCCAAACAUUACCAUACUAAACCUCCUAAUCUACAUCCUACUAACAAUCCCUAUACUCUUAAUCUUUAAUCUAAACUCAAACAUAACAGCCCUAUCACUAUCCCACACCUGAAAUAAAUUCACAUGAAUAAUACCCAUAUUCCCAAUAAUGAUAAUAUCCCUAGGAGGCCUACCCCCACUAACAGGCUUUUCCCCUAAAUGAGCUAUCAUACAAGAACUUACAAAAAACAGUAACCCCACCCUCCCCCUCACCAUCGCUAUACUAACACUAAUAAAUCUUUACUUCUAUAUGCGCCUAACAUACUCCAUUUCAAUGACAAUAUUUCCUACAUCUAACAACACAAAAAUCAACUGACAAUUAAAACAUAUAAAACUAACACCACUUAUAGCUCCACUUAUAGUCUCAUCUAUAUUCUUACUCCCAACAAUACCACUAAUACUAUUAAUAU